AUGGUGCAAGGAUCACUGAAAAAGGCCGGUCCCACGGGCCCAGGCAGGAAGCCCGCCAAGACAACAAGACCGGGCGUCCGCUCCGUCGCGCCCAAGAAAGCCGGCCUGAUCAAGCAGAAGAGACUGACCAAGCAACUCACAUCCGGCCUCUCCUCAAUGACAGAACGCAGUCUGGCGACAAAGGCAGGUCAUCUCGAGCUGCUGGCUGGUGGAAAGAAGGAUCGUCUGCUGAAGGAGCGUAAUGCGGCUCGGAAGGAUGGGACCUUGGCUCGCAAGGAUACUUUGAAGUCUGCUCCUAAGAAGGCGACUUGA